UGUAAUGUAGUAUAAUGGAAUAUUGUAAUAUUCUGUUUAGACUUUUCACUAUCCAAAUAAACAUCUCUCAUAACAAUCCCUCUGUCCAUUCUCUUCUAUCAUGUUUUUCCACCGAAAAUACAUCUUUGAAAGCUGGUCAUUUCCGUUAUCUAAAACAAUAAUAAUUAUUCAGUGACUAAUACUAUCCCAUUUGAAGUAAAAUUAACAUCGUUUACAUCGAUCGUGCUUUGCAGGACAGAAGCUCCUAUAACUUCCUGUUUCAAUUAACAUUACCAUUGUCACUCGAGGAAGCGUUAUCAGGUGACUGCAUACUCAAACGAAAGUUUACCUCCGUACAUCAAAGAUAAUGAAAGCUUUGCAUAACAGAUCGAAUGCUGUCAAUUCGAAUCGGUGGUUAAACGAUAUACUUCAAUGAAAUUCGAGUCGAAGUUAAAAAACAUUGUCUUAAUUACAACUCGCUCACAGGUGAAAAACAAUCGGUAAUUCCCCGAAUACUUCAUCGAGGAGGAAUUUACAAAAAUUUCAUGAGGAAAUUUCGCGACCAAUUCGUCGCAUAAACCCGUAGACGGAUUUACGUAACGACAAAUUGUUGAAAAUUAAGGAAGUGAUUCUGCGAUGUCAAAUCACGGAACAUGAUCACAGUAGAGUAUAGUUUUUCACAUUUGCGGAUCGCUCGACUUGUACGCGUUUGUAAACGCUUAAUCAUGACAUAAUUUGCUACGUGAUUCUACAUAGUAAUAUUCUAACGCGUGGGUAUAAAUCCUAGCGAGACGUCUCUAUGGAUAACGCACCGAUGGACGUCUUUAUACAAAACUAUGAUAGAUAUAGUAUAUCUAUGAAUAUAAUACAGAGAUGUACGGAGAUAUACAGAGUUGUAAUUAAUUUUAAAUUCAAACUGAGAUCUCUGACAACAGAAGUGAAAUUAAUUUUUGCAAAACGUGUUCAUGCAAGUCCAUGGCUGUAGAAUUCCAAUAUUCCAAAAUCAUGGAAAGGCAGCAGGGGUGGCCCGGUCCCUAAACUUUCGGUGUCCUUUCUUCUUAUCCCGAGGAAGGGAUGUACCUGGUUUCCCCACUUACUCUCACCUGCCGACUACUUAAAUAGCCAAGCUGCCCAACGGAUGUCAUUAGUCACUCCUUGAACAGAUUCGGUUUUGUGUCGCGUCCGUCGAUAGUUCAGUUUUCCCGGAAAAUGUCCUGAAGGCGAUUUGGUGCGUGGUCCUCCAGUUUCUGAAAGAUGUACAAACAUUAUUACAAAAAGUUUUUUCCACAAUGGAUCCCGACACGGGUGAUAAUCUGCGUGAUGAUGUUCACGGCCUGCUGGACGAACUACAUGUGCCGUCUGCAGAUGCCCAUUCUGGCGGUGCCCAUGAUCAAAGCUCUGCCCGGAAACUUCACCGGAGGUGCCUGCCAAGAUGAAUCCCGAGCCCGGCGCGCGAUCUCCUGGCUGGACCCAGGAGCUUAUCUGGAAGAUUACAUUUUAUCAGAGCGACUCGAAGCGGCUCAAGACUCCGAGGCCAAGAUACGUUUACCUAGGGCCGCUGACGGCUCCAUGCGAUUAUUCAGUGGUGAACCUUUCGAUUGGGUUCCCUCCAUCCGUGGCCAGCUGAUAGCCGCCUACAGCUAUGGAAACGUUCCCGGAAACUUCCUGGGUGGCUUGAUGGCUCUGCGAUGGGGUCCGAAGAAAGCGAUACUCUGGACUUCUAUAGUAGCUGCUGCAGUCUCGCUGAUAAGUCCUAUCUUAGCCAAUCUGCACUGGGCGGUUCUGCUGGUCUCCAGGAUAAUCAUCGGUGUUACUGGCGGAGUGACGUUCCCAGCUUGUCACACUUUGGUUGCUAAGUGGUCUCCACCGGACGAGAGGGCUCGUUUCGUUUGGUCCCUUCUCGGUGGUACUUUUGGCACCGUCUUCACCUAUCCUAUGGUCGCUGGUAUCGCUCAGACGAUCAACUGGGAGAGCGGAUGGUACAUUCCUGCCUUGCUGAUGGUCAUAUGGAUCUUGUUCUGGGCUGUGCUCACGUAUGACUCGCCAGCGGAGCAUCCUGGUAUCUCUGAUGAAGAGAAGAAUUACAUCAUUCAGGCACAAGCCGGCACAAUAAGGACAGAGAAGCCGUCGCUGGCAGAGACACCCAUCAAGGAGAUCCUCACAUCAAUUCCAGUCAUCAGUCUGAUCUUCUGUCACUUCGGCAACAUGUUCCUCCUGUUCUUCUACCAAAACUCGAUGAUGAUAUACCUCACGAACGCUCUAGGGUUCCACUUGGCAAAAGGAGGCUUGGCGGCUGGACUGCCUUGGGCUGGCAGGAUGAUCUUUGGAUUCUUCUUCAGCUGGGCUGGUGAUACUAUCAAAAAAAAGGAGCUAGUCUCCGUGACCGUACUUCGUAAAGGCGCUACUGUAUUUUCUCACUUCAUACCAGGGAUCUUUCUAAUAUUGGUCGGCUACGUUGGAUGCAGAUUCGUACUCGCCAACGUGUUCUUGGUGCUGGCUUUAGGUUUCAACGGGGCGGCGAGUAUCUCUAACUUGUCCAACAACCAGGACCUGUCGCCGAAUUUCGCUGGGUUUCUAUAUGGCAUCAUUAAUACAAUCGCUGGGACAUCGGGUAUGAUUAUUUCGCCGAUGGUCGAAGAAAUAGCAGGAAAAUAUGGAAAUACUAUCGACAGAUGGCAAACGUUGUUCUGGAUCGGUGCUGGUGUUUGUAUCUUUUGUAUGGUCGUCUUUUUAUUUGGCGGCAGCGGGAACAUCCAGAGUUGGAACGAAAUACGACCUGCUGAUGAACGACGUCGCAGAGAAGGAAGAGAGUAAUUAUCGAACCUGUUUUUAGUGAUGUGCAAUACGUUUGGUGAAACAAACAGUAUCAUUAGAAUGAUGGAAUUGUGAGUUAACGCGUUCGACUUCUUAAAGAACUGUAUUCUUUUGUUAUAAUGAUGACGAGUGUGACGAAGUAUUGUGAUGAUGAAUGAUAUUGUAAAUAUUUUAUAAAUUUGAUGUCUUAGUUUAUGAUAUUAUUUCUAAAAUGACGACUUCUGUAUAUUACAGUUUUUCUAUAUUUUGUACAACUUUAAAUGUUAUGAACAAUGUACGUGAUAUGAAAAUGUUUUGGUGUUAAAUAAAUUUGUUUAAAUUGAAAUGAUUUCUG